GAAAACGGUCAAAUCUUAUCAAGAUAUUCAGUAAUCACAAAUUUAUGAAGAAUUCUUCCCAUUAUGUUCACGUGGCAGUUAUGGUGCACUUUAUUUUGUGCUUUGUGGUUGUAUUUUCUGUGGACACGUCGCCGAUUCUAUAGCUUAAUAUUUACAAUACCUGGACCAAUUGGGUAUCCUUUAAUUGGAGUAGCGCUCCAGGUGCACCGUAGGGAAGAUGUGCUGAAGGCAUUGAAGAAAUUUUAUGAUAGAUAUGGAUCAUUUCUGAUAACUUGGCUGGGUCCUAUACCAUUUUUUGUUACCACUGAUCCACAACUGACACAGGAUAUUUUUAACUCACCGCAUUGCAUUGACAAGGCCACCAUCUUCUACAAGGUUGUCCACGAUAUCAUUGGCCUGGGAUUAUUCAAUGCGAAAGAGCCUCAUUGGAGUGUGCUUCGGAAGAUGCUGACUCCCGCGUUUGGUUUAAAUGUUCUAAAUAGCCUGGUGCCUACUUUCAACGCCGAGGCAAAUUCCUUGCUCAAGAUGGUAGAACCAUUGGUGGAUUCUGGUGAACAGGACUUGUUACCAUUGCUGCAGAAUUUUUCCUUGAACGUGGCAACUCAAACAACAAUGGGAUGUGGUUUGAACGAAAAUGGGAAUAUUGAAAGCAACCAACUACUCAAAAUGUCCAUCGAUCUUCAGGAAUCCAUGACAGAAAUUUAUUUUUCGCCCUGGCUGAUUAGUAGAACAUUACGCAAACUAUUUGGCAAGGAGGAUCAAUACUUUAAAGGCAAAUCGGGGAUAAAAUUAUUCAUUAACAAGUUAAUUGAACCAACAUUAUCAAAGGGGUCUGAACAACUGAAAGAUAAGAAUACUUUUCUGAAUCUAGUAACUGAUUUGAAGAAUCGUGGAAUUUUUACUAAACAGGAUGUGGCAGAUAAUUGUGGUCACAUUGUAUUUGCCGCAUUUGAAACUACAGCUAAUACGGUGGCCUAUACACUGAUGUUGCUCGCCAUGUUUCCCGAGUAUCAAGAGAAGGCUUUUGAAGAGCUUCGUUCAUUAUUUUCCAAGUCGGGAGAUUUUGAUGUUAGCUACAGUGAUAUUAAGAAUCUGGUUUAUUUGGAUUUAAUUCUUAAUGAAUCAAUGCGACUUCUGACACCAGUUCCAAUGGUUACACGAAAGACCAUGCGCGACGUGCAUCUUUCGAAUGGAAUUUUUAUUCCAAAAGGAGUUCAGAUUUUAAUCGACAUCUUUCACUUGCAUCGGGAUAAGAAAGUAUGGGGAGAAAAUGCGGAAACAUUUGAUCCCGAACAUUUCCUGCCCCAUAACCUACAGGAGAAGCAUCCCUAUUCGUUCAUACCCUUCACUAAGGGAAUACGCAAUUGCAUAGGCUGGAGACAUGCUGAAAUAUCGAUCAAAAUUACAUUGGCGAAAUUAUUGAGAGCAUAUAAAUUCUCAACCAGCUUUAAAUUUGAAGAUCUUGAUUUUAUCGAGGAUAUUACUUUGAAAUUUAAGACCGUACCUUUGCUGGAUAUUCAAAGAAGAGAUUAUGUACUUCCUGUGCUUAAACACUAUUUGGAUAAAUACGGCUCUUUCGUAUUGUCUUGGCUUGGUCCCAUGCCAUUUUUGAUUGUUGCCGAUCCCCUAUUAACACAAGAUGUUUUGAACUCGCCGCAUUGCGUUAACAAGGGCAGUUUCUAUAAGGUAGUCGAAGAGGCUGCCGGCCUUGGAUUAUUCAGCAUGAAAGAGCCUCAUUGGAGCGCGUAUCGGAAGCUGUUCAAUCCAGCCUUUAGCCACAAGAUGAUACUCAGCUUUAUACCUAUUUUCAACUCAGAGGCAGCAUUUUUGCUGAAGACUGUAGAUAAAUCGGUGGAUUGUGGGGGACAGAACUUAAAAUCAUUGAUGGAAGGUUUUUCUUUGAGCAUAGCGAGUCAAACUAUAAUGGGAGGAGAUGUAAAAUAUUUUGAGCACAUUAGAAGCAAUAAUUUGAUCAAAGCUUUCCAUGGUAUUGUGAAAUCCAUAACAGAUAUGGGCCUUUCGCCCUGGUUAAUAAGUGAAACGAUGAGGAAACUACUGGGCAAGGAGGAACAAUUCUCUAAGGCCAAGUCACAGAUAAGUGGUUUCCUCGUAAAGUUUAUCGAUUCAAAAUUGACAAAGGGUUCUAAAGCGCCGGAAGACGAUAUACUUAUAAAUCUAGGCAUUGAUAUGAUGAAUCGUGGAAUGCUUACCAAAGAGGACUUGCAAAGCCAAUUAGGUAUCAUAUUAUUUGCUGCAUUUGAGACUUCAGCUAACACGGUGGUCUACACACUGAUGUUGCUGGCUAUGUUUCCCGAGUAUCAAGAAAAGGCGUUUCAAGAGCUUCUCUCAUUAUUUCCCAAUCCGGGAGACUUUGACGUUACUUAUGCCGAUACCCAGAAUAUGGGUUAUAUGGAUCUCAUUCUUAAUGAAUCGAUGCGUCUCUUGGCCCCAGUUCCAAUUGUCGCAAGACAGACUAUGCAGGAUGUACGUCUUUCGAAUGGAAUUGUUAUUCCCAAAGGAGUGCAAAUUGGUAUAGACAUCUUUCACUUGCAUCGCGAUAAGAAAAUUUGGGGGGAAAAUGCGGAAGCAUUUAAUCCCGAAAAUUUCCUGCCCCAUAACAUGCAGGACAAGCAUCCCUAUUCGUUCAUACCCUUCACGAAGGGAAUACGUAACUGUAUAGGUUGGAGAUACGCUUUAGUAUCCAUCAAACUUACAUUAGCGAAAUUGUUGAGAAAUUAUAAGUUCUCGACCAAUUUUAAAUUUGAAGAUCUUGACUUUAUUGAGAAUUUAACUUUGGGGUUGAAAACCGUACCCUUGCUGGAAAUUCAAAGAAGAGAUUGCUAAUGUAAUAUGCUAUUAAUUAUUUAAUAUUACUCAAAUUCGUUGUACAAAAGGCAGAUCAGCUAUCGAUAUUAUGAAUCAACAGUUCAAAUGUUCCAAGGAAGACAGUGAGACCUUAAACACCCUAACACACUUUUUGGUAUAUAAAUACUAAAAAAUAUUUGCCGCACAACUUUCAAUCAAUUUUGCUUUGCAUAUGUAAUUUCACAAG